CACACACUCUGUCUUAUCUUUCUUAUUACAAAAAACACAAAUGGCAAAACUAAAUCAAACUCUCCUUCUAAUCCUCUCAAUCUCCUACUUCUUCUCGCCGGCGCUCACUACCGCCACCGCAGCCUCCAACAAAGCCGUUAACUUCAUCCAAUCCUCUUGCAAAACCACCACAUACCCAGCCGUGUGCUUCCACUCCCUCUCUGCCUACGCAAACGCCAUCCAAACAAGCCCUAAACGCUUAGCCGAGACCGCUCUAGCCGUUACCCUAAGCCGAGCCCAAUCCACGAAACUCUUUGUCUCGCGUCUGACGCGUUUCAAGGGCCUCAAGAAGCGUGAGGUCGAAGCCAUCAAGGACUGCGUGGAGGAGAUCAACGAUACUAUUGACCGUUUGACCAAGUCGGUCCAAGAGUUGAAGCUAUGUGGGAGUGCAAGAAAUCAAGAACAGUUCUCGUUCCACAUGAGUAAUGCUCAGACUUGGACUAGUACGGCUUUGACCGAUGAGAACACUUGCUCCGAUGGGUUCUCGGGUCGUUUCAUGGAUGGACGGAUCAAGAACUCGGUUCGUGCUAGAAUUGUUAACGUGGGCCACGAAACCAGCAACGCCUUGUCCUUGAUAAAUGCGUUUGCUAAAAAGUAUUAAUUUAAAACUAGCGUUUAAGAAAUAUUUUGUGGUAUGUCUAAAAUGUAUUAGUAGUGUUCUCGCUAAAUGUGAAAUAGUGUGUCGGGUUUGUUAAAUUUUUAUCAAAAUAUAUAGCCGAGUAAUUUAUAGCUUAAAGUUUCAACUCUUCACCGAAAAUUUGAGCAAGCAAUGUAAAUAAUAUCUUCCAACGAGAACUGAAUCGAGUGGCGAGGUGCAUAUUACACACUUAUUUACCACCACACCUGCUCCUUGGUAAUACUAAUAAUAAAUGAAUUUGGUAGUGAUGUUAGAAACAUUUACGUAAACUUCGUUGGAACCACAUGGGUUUGUCUGAUGGAUACGACUUUUUAGUCCUUGAUUUUUUUAUCGCUUCGAUUCUGUACCAUUCGAAUAUAUAAGAGCAUGUAAAUUUAUGAACGGUCCAAUGAGGUUCAUAAAAGUAUUAUUUUUUUUCUGUUUGUUAUAAAAAAAAAAAUUAGUGGAUCAUCGUGGACCGUCACGUGGCGUGGAGUCCACAUAAAAAGCAGUGAACUGAUUCACGCUAGAUCUUUUGUGACUCGAGUUCACCAAUUUUAUAUUAUUUUAAUAAUUAUUUUAGAAGAAUGUGAAUUUUCCCUAAAAUUUAUUGAUGUAUAUGUUCUAAGGGCA